AUGACUGCUCCGACCUCAUCGUCAGGUAGGCUCUUGCUUCCAGGCCAACCGGUGUCCGUCUCACGCUCCUCUAAGCCGCAGCUUGAACUUGGGCUCGGCACAUACGCACGAGGUGACUACAUCCUCUCCUCACUGGUCGGUUACGAAUCACGCACACUGUCUGGCUCGUCAUCGUCUUCCUCUUCGACAUUACCGAAUCAGACGACUAAGUCAAAAACUGGGCUUGCUCAGACGGAGAUCGUGUCUAUCAGCGGCGUAGAAAAUCGGUUCGUUGUACCGCGACCUGAUUCAACCGUGAUUGCGCGAGUGACGCGCGUCACCCCGCGCCAGGCGUACCUGUCGAUCCUGAUCGUCGACGGACAACCGUGUGGAUCUUCGUCCUCAACAUCAUCCACCUUCGUCCAGUCCGGUCUGGGCAACCAUGCAGCGGGCGAAGGCGAAGGCGUCGACUUUCAAGGCGUAGUUCGAUCGCAAGACGUAAGAAGCACCGAAAAGGACAAAGUGAAAAUCGCCGAUUGCUUCCGUCCAGGCGACAUUGUCCGUGCCACCGUAAUCAGUCUGGGCGAUGCUAGAAGCUACUACUUGUCCACCGCCGGAAACAGUCUAGGUGUCAUCUAUGCCACGAGCGCAACUUCAGCAGGUGCCCAACUCUCCGACACACCAGGUGGCGCAGGCUGGAACAUCACCGGCAAUCCCAUGCUACCCAUAAGCUGGAACCAGAUGAUCGAUCCCAUCACCGGCAUCCUCGAAAACCGAAAGUGCGCUAAACCUGAUUCGAUCUGA